AUGUGCAAGGAAAAUCAGACUGAGGUCACGGAAAUUCUACUACUGGGAUUUAAAAGUGUCUACAACCAGAAAACUCUUCUCUUUGUGCUGUUUCUAUUAGUCUACAUUGCGAUAUUGGGUGCAAAUCUUAUCAUCAUUGUUUUAGUCGCAAUCACUGAUCAUCUCAAUAUUCCGAUGUUUUGCUUCCUAAAACACUUAGCUUUAGCAGAUGUGAUACUCACCACAAGUGUUGUACCAUUUAUGCUACAUAUCAUGAUAAUGAAAAAGAGGACAUUAUCAAUUGCUGGUUGUAUAACCCAACUCUACAUUUUUUGUAUUUCUGGUUUUGUGCAGUGUUUACUCCUUGCAGUGAUGUCCUAUGACAGAUAUUUGGCAAUCUGUCAUCCACUUAAUUACAAUUUAAUAAUGAGUCCUAAAGUCUGUCUCCAGCUGGUUUAUGGAUCCUGGUUUUUAGUUUUUACAUUGAUAACAACUGAAAUUAUUUUAGUUUUCCAGUUACAAUAUUGUGGUCUGAAUUUCUUGGACCAUUUCUUCUGUGAUUUUGGUCCUGUUGUGAAACUCUCUACAUCUGAUACAUCCACAUUGAUGCUAUUGGACUUUUUCAUCUCAAUCACAUUAAUAUUUGUCCCAUUUGUUUUUAUUAUCAUUACAUAUAUUUUAAUUGUAUUCACCAUCAUUAGAAUUCCUUCCGUAACUGCAAGGAGAAAGCUAUUUUUUACCUGUAGUUCCCACCUGACUAUAGUAUGCACUUAUUAUGUAGCUCUGUUUGUAGUUUAUCUAAUGCCAUCUAGGGACAAUUCUAUGAACUUAAAUAAGUUCAGAUCUUUGUUGUACAUCAUAGUCACUCCACUUAUGAAUCCCAUUAUAUACAGCUUGAGGAACACGAAAAUUAGGGUUGCUCUGAGAAAAGUUGUUAUGCAAAUUAUUGUCAUAAUACACUGA